AUGCGAGGGGUCAAGGGUAACCCAAGCGCCGCCGGCUUUAUUAACGGCCAGCAUGGCGACGAAAACCCAGGCGGACUUUUCAAAGCAGAUGGGAACCAGAACGUCGGGUCCCAAGGCCGGGAAUCGGGGGACGAGGUAGUUCGCCAAACGGUUGGCCGCCUGAUCGAGCUCAGCGUAGGUGAAGCUAGCGUCCCAGGCCGAGAUGGCGGGCGCGUGGGGUCGGAGCUCGACCUGCUUGACGAACAAGUCGUGGAUGCACUGCUCAACGAGCUCGGGCGUCGCUGCAUUAUUCCAGGCUUGAAGCUGCGUCAGGUCGUUGGCGGAAACGGCAUUCGCAACCUCUGCCUCCUCCAGCAGACCAGUGUCGUAAGUAAUAGUAACCUGGACCUCAUCGCCCUCACCCAGGUGAGCCUGGAAGACCAAGGGGUAGGUGAAGAAGCCGCUUCCGUCCGCCACGGUGAGAUCGGCACGAGGCUGAAUGUCGAGCAUGGCCUUGCCCUGCUUCUGGGCCGUCAGGCGCGGCGGGAGUUUCCUGUCCGUCUUGCCCGAUGGCACUGUCGGGACCCGGCGGAAAGGCACGAAAAGCGCGGGGAUCAUGUAGUGCGGCAGUCGCUCUCUCAGUGCCGAAACGAGCCCGGUCAGACGCUGGCGCAUUGCUUCGUUGAUGCGCAGGGGGUCCGUGGGCUCUGCUUCUUGGGCGGCGUCGUUGUCGUGAAGCAAGUCCGAGUCGGGCUUAAGUGCGAGGAAGGCGGCCAAGAUUGCACUGUUCGGAUCGUCCGUCACAGGAACCACAUCCGCGACGACGCCGUCGACACUGCAUUUUCCGGCUUUGUAUCUGGCCUGGCUGUUAAUGCCUGGGGCAUGUCGGCCACGCUCGCGGUUGACAACUCGACCAGGUGCUCCACGUCGGCAUCUAAACACAUCGCCUUGGUGGAAGGACCCACCAGGAGGACACGAGCUCCGGCCUGGGAGAUGAUGGUUUGUCGACGCGCCGCUGGGUGGGAGGGAUCAAGCGGGACGAACGCAGCCCCGGCCUUCAUUAUAGAAACCAUGGCUAUGAUGGCCCAGGCGGACUUUUCGAUGCAAAAGGGCACCAGCGACUCUGGCCCAACACCGAGGGAAGUCAAAUGGGCAGCGAUCCUACUCGAUAUAUCGUCUACCUGCGAGUAG